UAUAUAUAUAUAUAUAUAUGCUGUAGUCAGUGCGCUUUAACAGAGGAUAUGGCUCUUUUUGAAGUCAGUGGUUUUAAGCCUCAUUCUGAGCUCCGUGGACGGAUCCUCUCAGCGCCACUGACCCACCGAACAAACCACUACAGUUUCGGGACCAAAAUCCAGGAGUUUGCUGUCCCGCUGGGUGCAGAUCCGUCAGGGUUUCUGAAGUCCUGUAACCGAGAGGAGGGGGUGUGUAUAGACCUGAACCACGGGACCACCACCCUGGCCUUCAAGUUCAGACACGGAGUCAUAGUGGCCGUGGACUCCAGAGCCUCAGCAGGCAACUACUUGGCUUCCAAAGAUACCAACAAGGUGAUUGAGAUCAACCCGUACCUGCUGGGCACGAUGUCGGGCAGCGCAGCUGACUGUCAGUACUGGGAGAGACUCCUGGCCAAAGAGUGCAGGCUGUACAGGCUGAGGAACAACCAGAGGAUUUCUGUGUCUGCUGCAUCCAAACUGCUGUCCAACAUGAUGCUGGGCUACAGAGGCAUGGGUCUGUCUAUCGGCAGUAUGAUCUGUGGAUGGGACAAACAGGGUCCUGGUCUGUACUACGUGGAUGAUAACGGGACGCGUCUGUCUGGCCGCAUGUUCUCCACCGGCUGUGGAAACAGCUACGCAUACGGCGUGGUGGACAGCGGCUACCGAGAAGACAUGACAGUGGAGGAGGCGUAUGAACUGGGACGUCGGGGCAUCACUCACGCCACGCACCGGGACGCGUACUCCGGUGGGGUCGUCAACAUGUACCACAUGAGGGAGGACGGCUGGAUAAAGGUGUGUAAGGAAGACGUAUCAGAGCUGAUCCACCGCUACAGGAAGGGAAUGUUCUGAAUCAGAACACGCUGAACAUGACAAUGGAUUUAUUAUCAAGCUCAUUUCAUAUGAAACAUUCCAUUGAUGAUGUUGUUGUAGGUUUAAAUAAAUAAAUGCCAAUAAUGAG